AGUUGUAUGAAAUGACGUGGAAUUUGUAACUUGCCUACAAGCGCUAUAUCAAAGUACGCAUGAUUUAGAGAGUAUUUAAUAAAACGAGCUACUGUAGUCUUUAUUGAAGUUUUAAGUUUAAAUGUGCUUAUAGUCAUAGUUUGCUAUCAAACAUGAUUGUUUCUAGUGUUAGUUAGCUAACAGUAGCUUCUGCUAACUACGACAACUAAAUUGAGAAGAGUUCACGGAAACAGAGCUAGCUAGCCUAAGUGACAGAGCUCCUACUAGCUAGGAUCUUCUGGUUCUCUAUCGAUAGCUACGUUAUAUGGCUACAGCAAGAUGACUUCAACAACCACUUCGACGGGAACGUCUUGAGAUUGUACUCGAGACGUGUCACUGAUUAGCCAAUGAUUGACACGGUGUUGAAGCGAAUGCUCAUCAGUAGUUUGUUAGCUAGCAUGCUAGGUAGCUACUUCCAACGACGCCGGAGCCCGCAUUUAUAAGCCUACCCAGUUAAGUGGUUUGCGCUCGAGACUAACGUUAGUUAGCUGUAGUUGAAGCUAACUAGCCGGUUUUAUUGUAAGGACAAGAGCAAGCUGUCAAGAUGGGUUCGUUGUUCCGAAGUGAAGAGAUGUGUUUGGCCCAGAUGUUUCUGCAGUCUGGAUCGGCAUACGACUGCAUUAGCGAACUGGGAGAAAUGGGUCUGGUGGAAUUCAGAGACCUCAACCCCAGCGUAAACCUAUUCCAGCGGAAGUUUGUCACUGAGAUAAAACGAUGUGAGGAAAUGGAGAGAAUUCUAGGGUACCUUCUAAGGGAAAUCAAGAGAGCAGACAUCCCACUUCCAGAGGGAGAAGUGAACCCGAUUGCACCCCAGCCCAAGCAUGUCCUGGUUAUAAUGGAGCAGUUGCAGAGGCUGGAGGUGGAGCUGAGCGAGGUGACCAGGAAUAAGGAGAAACUACAGAAGAACCUCCUGGAGCUGACCGAGUACACACACAUGCUGCGCAUCACACGCAACUUUGUGCACCGCAGCGCAGAAGGUGAGCCAACUAAGAGUGUGGUGUUCCUCAUCUCCUAUUGGGGUGAGCAGAUCGGACAGAAAGUCAAGAAGAUCUGUGACUGCUACCACUGUCACGUGUAUCCAUACCCUAACAGCAAUGAGGAGAGGAAUGACGUUGUGGAGGGACUCAGAACUCGCAUCCAGGACCUGCACACUGUUCUCCAUAGGACAGAAGACUACCUGAGACAGGUGUUGAACAAGGCCUCUGAGUCUGUCUACACCUGGGUCAUCCAGGUCAAGAAGAUGAAGGCCAUCUACUACAUCCUCAACCUGUGCAGCUUUGACGUCACUAACAAGUGUCUGAUAGCCGAGGUGUGGUGCCCUGUCAACGACCUGCCGACCCUGCGGCGGGCGCUAGAGGAAGGCUCGAGGAAAAGUGGAGCCACAGUGCCUUCUUUUGUCAACCGUAUCCCCAGCAACGACACUCCGCCCACCCUGAUAAGGACCAACAAGUUCACCUCAGGCUUCCAGAGCAUAGUGGAGGCCUAUGGAGUGGGAAACUAUAGAGAGGUUAACCCAGCUCCUUACACAGUCAUCACCUUCCCCUUCCUGUUUGCUGUGAUGUUUGGAGACCUGGGCCAUGGUAUGAUCAUGGCUCUGUUUGCUCUCUGGAUGGUGCUGUAUGAGGACAACCGCAAACUGAAGCGCACAAGAAACGAGAUCUGGAACACGUUCUUCGAGGGCCGUUACAUCAUCCUGAUGAUGGGCUUGUUCUCGGUCUAUACCGGCCUCAUCUACAACGACUGCUUUUCCAAGUCUCUCAACAUCUUUGACUCAGGCUGGAGCGUCAACGCCAUGUUUAAAUCUGGAAAUUGGACUUGGGAUUCCACGCUCCGCACCAAUGCCUUUCUGACCCUUGAUCCCAUUGUCCCUGGGGUUUUCAAUGGACCCUACCCUUUGGGCAUUGACCCGAUUUGGAACCUGGCGUCAAAUCGUCUGACCUUUCUGAACUCCUACAAGAUGAAGAUGUCUGUGAUUGUGGGUAUCAUUCACAUGAGCUUCGGGGUCAUCCUAGGUGUCUUCAACCACCUACACUUCAGAAAGAAGUUCAACCUGUACUUAGUAUUCCUCCCGGAGCUGCUGUUCCUGCUGUGUCUGUUUGGCUACCUGGUCUUCAUGAUCAUCUACAAGUGGCUGGCCUUCUCUGCCCGUGACUCCCAGAUGGCCCCCAGCAUCCUCAUCCACUUCAUCAACAUGUUCCUCAUGCAGGGGGACGGGGUGCCGCCCCUCUUCCCAGGACAGGUUGGGCUGCAGGUGUUCCUGGUGGUAAUUGCUCUACUAUCAGUGCCUGUCUUACUGCUGGGGAAACCAGUUUACCUCUACUUGCUGCACAACGGAGGAGCCAACCUCAUGGGAAUGUACAGGGGUUAUGAGCGUGUGCGGCGGCACAGUGAGGAAGAGCUUUCCCUGAUGAGAGCUCAUGACAUGGAGGAGGGCAGUGUCCACAAUGACCUCUCCACCAGCAGAGAGCAGCAGAAAGAGGAGUUUGACUUUGGGGAUGUGUUCCUGCACCAGUCUAUUCACACCAUAGAGUACUGCCUGGGCUGCAUCUCCAACACAGCCUCCUACCUGCGCCUCUGGGCUCUGAGUCUGGCACAUGCCCAGCUGUCGGAGGUGCUGUGGUCCAUGGUGAUGCGGGUGGGCCUGCGGAUGAACACCAGUCUGGGCAUCAUGUUUCUGGUGCCAGUGUUUGGGAUAUUCGCUGUGCUAACUGUGUCUAUCCUCCUGGUUAUGGAGGGACUGUCUGCCUUCCUCCAUGCUCUCAGGCUGCACUGGGUGGAGUUCCAAAAUAAGUUCUACAGUGGGACUGGAAUCAAGUUUGUUCCCUUUGCCUUCUCCCUCCUGCCCUCUAGCUUUGAGCAUGAUGACUUGCUGUGAAUGGGACACAAUGCUCCCGCCCUCCGAGGCAAACUGCCACAAUGUACCAGCAGGAUCCAGUGCUAUUGAGCUAGCCUGCGUACCAGUCUCUUUGUGCCAUCAUGCCACUCCUUUUCAUGCCAAACAUGAUCAUCUACAAGUGGCUGGCCUUCUCUGCCCGUGACAUAUGAUGGCACAAAAAGAUUUGUACUCUGACUACUAUUGAGCCUCAUCGAUGUACAGUUCAGUUUCAUAGUGUUUUUUUAAAUACUAUUUGUUGUACUGACUGACUGCCUUACAUAUGUACAAACAAAUGUCAACAUAUCAUGCUCUAUUUUCAAUUGAAUGAUAUUCUGGUUCUGUUACCAAAACUUUGCAAAGAAAAGCCUCAUUCAGUCUUGGUUGAAAAUGAAAAGUAUUUUUGGAUGAAUGUAGGAGCGAGAUGUACAUUUUAUUUUAUAGAAAUAAAGUUGGAAUGAGAGAAUAGCAUUUGAAUGACUACGACAGGCUUAAAAACUAUAGUGGUGCAUACAUUCAAGAGAAAAUGUAUGAUUACUGUUGUGCUGAAUGUUAACAAAAUGUCCUAACACAUGUUGCCUAUGCCUCCAUCGCUUUGUGGGAGACUACUCUUAAAACUGUACAUUCCAUCGAUGGAAAUUUAACGUAUUGCUCAAGACAUCCUUUCACAGAGAUAGUUCUGCUGGUCAAGAGCCAAUUUAAUGACACCAACAAUCCCUGAUUAGGAAUAAGGCCAGAAAAGCAGGUACUGGACCAGUGCAGCGAUCAAUUCUUGCUGAAGCCUUUUCCUAUAUUCCCAUCCUGUAGCACCAUAGCAGGAGAAUGUCGUUUUUGCUGUUGGGUAAUGGCAUUGUACCUUCAAGAUGAAAAGAAAAGGGGUAUAAUUUAUUUUAUUGGAUUUUUAAAAUAUAUAUAUAUACAGUACCAGUCAAAAGUUUGGGUUUUUCAUUAUUUUUACUAUUUUUUACAUUGUAGAAUAAUAGUGAAG